UCAUCAGCCGCCUCGUCGAAAGCAACAACAAAAGCCUCCCUCUCUCUCUCUCUCUCUCUUGCGGCUUCAGCGCGGCCAGCCGAGAGGGAAGAAGAAUUUGGUACUCUUUGCCCUCGAUCGAAGCUACCACCCAUCCCACCUUGCCCUUCCUUCGCCGCCGAUUCCGAUCUGGGCCGCCGGCGACGGCGAAACACAGGCAAAGCAAAGAUAAAGGUACAACUGUUGUUUGGUGCUUGUCCAGCUAGGACAGCCGAGUGAAGUGCCAGCAUGGGUGGCAUCCUUGGACGCCAUGACACCAUGAAGAGGAGCUCUCACGGCUCGAAGCUCGAGACGAAGAUGGUGGAGUCCAUGCAGCAGAGAGCGUCGCACGGGACUUCACUCAAGUCGUUCGAUAGCAUCAUCAUGAAGUUUCCGAAAAUCGAUGAGAGCUUGAGGAAAUGCAAGAUCAUCUUCGAGCAAUUCGAUGAAGAUUCCAAUGGCGAAAUAGAUAAACAAGAAUUGAAGCAUUGUUUCCAAAAGUUGGAAAUUUCAUUCACAGAGGAGGAGAUAAAUGACCUCUUUGAAGCUUGUGAUAUAAAUGAAGACAUGGGCAUGAAGUUCAAUGAGUUCAUCGUCUUUCUGUGCCUCAUUUAUCUGCUCAACGAACCAGCUGUGUCAGAAGCAAAGAUUAAGAUGGGAUUAGGAAAUCUUGAGGCAACUUUUGAGACCUUGGUUGAUGCAUUUGUUUUUUUGGAUAAGAACAAAGAUGGAUAUGUCAGUAAGGAAGAGAUGGUUCAAUCAAUGAAUGAGACUGCAACAGGGGAACGCUCUUCUGGGCGUAUAGCCAUGAAAAGAUUUGAGGAAAUGGACUGGGACAAGAAUGGAAUGGUGACCUUCAAAGAAUUUCUGUUUGCAUUCACUCGCUGGGUUGGGAUUGACGAAAAUGAGGACGACAAUGAAUGAAUUUCGUGAAGAUAAGUUGUUCAAUUAUUAGGACCUGGCCAGCCUAAGGAGGUUAUAAAGUUUGGUGGUAAUGACAACUGGAGCAUAUGAUGUUGAUUAGUUGAUCGUUGAUAUUGUGUAUUAUCUUAUAGGAUGAUUCAACAUGAUCCUAGUAGAAUAUCUUAACAUGCCUGAAGACUCCAUGUAUGCUUACAAAUUUAAAGAGUUCCAUGACAGAUAGAUCUGAACUUGUACAGUAAUUCUAAUGGUUGUACUUACCAAUAUCCUGGACUUGAUGUGGAGAAAUGCUAUAAUUCAGUUGCAUGCUCAACGAAAAUAAGAUCAUAUCUUUAUGUUCUUCUCA